GAUCAUGCGCAGCAGUCAGCCACUAACAGGCGCCAACAGGAAACGCUGCAAGGAAGAUGAACUUCUCCUUCAGGCUGUGAUUGACGACUCAGAUAAAGGAUUUAUCAUCGACACCCGCUCAAGUCAGCAGGUGCAGCAGGCUCGGAUGACAGGAGGAGGAUUUGAGUCUAAAUCAUUCUAUAGCCGAUGGAAGAGACUUCACAGACAGAUGGAAAGGGGUAAGGCCCUCCAGGAGAGCUUGAUUAAACUGGUGGAGGCCUGCGGGGAUGAGUCCCACAAUGUGGACCGUUGGCUCAGCAAGCUUGAGAAUUCAAAGUGGCUGUCUCACGUCCAGACUGCUCUGUCUACAGCUGGCCUGCUGGCAGAGUGUGUGGAGAGGUAGGAGCACCUCCUGCUGUAUGUGUUGGAGGUUACACUUGGUCUGCACGUCCAUUUCUGAAUUACAGUUGAAAGAACACCUAACAAAGGAGUG